GGUCGCAGUCGUAUUCCUGGCUCGUGAAUGGCACAACUGAUCGAUUCGUGUCGCAGAAUGACCGAAUAUUCAUAUCACGUGAUGGAACUCUGUACUUUUCAUACAACAUAAAGGAAGAUCAAACAAGCUAUGCAUGCUCAGUAGCACUUACUUCAGUGCAGAGCGGCCAUUAUGGGCCAUUUUUCAACUUCCGAUUACCGGAACUUGUGAGUGAAGAACAUUUCCCACCGCAGAUUGAUAGUUUUCAACCUCAAGUUUUCCCAGAAACACCACAAGUCGGUCAAACAGCGUUUUUGGAAUGUUUUGCAUACGCACGCCCUGCACCGACUUACCGAUGGAGCCGAAUCGAUGGUAGGCCACUAUCGCGGAAAGCAGCACUGACUAUGAAUGGUCGCCUACUGCGCAUCGAGCAACUUGAAAUUGAUGACGAAGGGACAUAUCGUUGUACUGCCCUCAAUGAAAUGGGCUCCGAUAGCGCUAUUAACGGAACGAUUGUGCUGGAGUGUCUUCUCGCGAAUGGAUCUGAAGCCGUUGAAUGGUUCAGGAAUGCGUCGCCGCUCAAUACUUUGUUGCUGUCAGCGGUGGAUCGCGCUCGACUUAUUGUGGGCAAAAAUAGGUUAACGAUAACAGAGGCUCUUACUGAAGACAGCGCUGUGUACCAGUGCAUUGCCACGAACGAGAUAGGAUCAGUGAGCUCAUCAGCUCGACUUACUGUUACUGAUAUGAAACCUCGUUUCGAUGAAUUCACGAUGCCUCGGAGGAUAUUCACCGUCCCAGGCGCACAUUUGGUGCGUUGGUUACUUUCAUCUGCCACCAAAGUAAUUCCGUGUAUUUACGAAUCGUCACCACCUGGAUUUGCCGCAUGGUUUCGCCAUGGUGGAGAACCGAUUCACGCUUCUGGACGCGUACGGCAGCAGGAUGCGCUUGUUCAUACACUCAUUUUUGAUUACACGGAGUCAAGCGAUGAAGGGGAGUACGUCUGUGCUGUUGCAAACAGAUGUGGAGAAACGCAGUAUAGUUUGCAAUUGUCUGUGAUCGAAAAACCGAGUGUCAGUGUGCUGCCAAAAGUGAAACAUCUUUCAACGAAUGCAGACAAUGUGUCGGUAACAGAAAAUUUUGAACGACGUGGCAAGCGAUUCUCGUCGCAGGUGAAACAGAAGUACGAACUAAAGUUAAAAGUUGAUGCAUAUCAGAUCGAAAUGCGUACAAGAAAAAAUAGAUGGUGGCAGUUGUUGCAAGUCGUACCGCUGGACCACGACCAGCCCACUGUGCCGUACAGGAUCGGCCACCUUCAGCCGAAUGAAGAAUACCAGUUUCGUGUAAAGCCUCGUAGCGGGAAAGAAUACGGGCAACCAUCCAGAAGUACUUCCUGGUUGAAGACUUUGGCAUCACCACCACUGCAACCUGUGGCGGAGAUCUGGUGGAAAAAAUUGAACAGCCACCAAAUUCUAAUAGAAUGGAAUUCCAACGAACUGAAUCGUUGCUCCGGUCCAAAUCUCCGCUAUUUGCUUUCCUGGUGCUACCCACUGAGAAGCGAUAAGAAAUAUGAGGUAGCUGUUUAUGCUGAAAAUUACGUUAUACAUCUAAAUCGAAGUUUGGAUUGUGAGGUGAUGGAAAUCACCGUUGUUCCGGUAAAUGAUGUUGGUUCAGGACCAGCUGGAUACGAAACUGUCAUACACAUCUCCGAUAAAGAGCCGACACGUUAUGCCGACGAAAUCGAUAGCCGGGCGAUAAAUUCAACUUGCGUUAGAUUUCAGUGGAAAUGGAGUAAUGUAACGAAUUGCGAAAACUUCUACGGCACAAAGAUUUCCUGUACAGACAAUGCAAAUGAAACAAUAUCUCAAUCGUUGUCAUCAAGAAGUACAAAAUGGUUGCUGAACGGACUACAACCAAGUCAGACCUAUUUAUGCCUGAUCACUGCUUUCGACCAGUAUGGCCGUUACGGAACAGCCAGAGAAAACGUUGUCCGCAUGAAAGACGCCGCGCCAAUUCGCGCUCCAAUAAUUACCGCGCACCAAAUUUAUUGUGCACAAAAUAAUUACUCAUUGGUCUUGCACUGGACUUCUGUGUUUGGUCAACAAACUGGUGAAAACAAAACGGAUGUUUUUGGUUAUAAAGUCACGGUUCAUGUGUCCGAAACUGCAUCACGUCCAGCUGAAUUUCGGAUUGCUGAGUCGGUGUUAAAAAAUAAGGAUUUUCCAAGUGUCGAAAUUGAAGGAUUGAAAUUGAUGUACCAGUACACAUUCAGGGUAUGGUACUUCAUCAUUCAUCAAGGUACUGCCGGCAGGGUCAUUUACCUCGCCCCGUUGUCUGAGGUAUCAAAAUUAUCCACGUAUGAGAUAAAGAUCCUAGCUGAGAUGUGCAAAAACUAA